AUGGCCGGUUCCAAGCCCAAGUCCGCCAAGAAGGCGUCGUCGAAGAAGAAGAGCGUGGCGACCAAGCCGACCAGCAGCAUCCGCAAGGCCGACACCGCCAAGCUGCGCGAGAAGCGCGCGAAGCUGCUGGCGCGCUCACAGCAGCUGGAGAAGGAGGCGCACAAGCUGCUCGCCGAGGCCAAGAAGGCCGCCGACAAGUACGCGAAGCUGGGCAAGUCGCUAGAGGAGGAGGAGGAUGACACAUCAUCCGAGAGCGACUCGGACCGCGACACCCCCUCGUCCUCUUCAGACGACUCCACCAGCUCAUCCUCCGACUCGAGCUCCGACGACAGCGGCGGCGUCCCCGUUCCCAAGCGCAAGGCCAAAGCAGUCCCCGAGCGCAAGCGACGCCGCGAAUCGUCCUCACCUUCUUCAUCCCCUUCUUCCGACGACGACGACACCGGCAGCAGCAGCAGCAGCAGCAGUGACUCCUCGGAGGAUAGCGAGGGCGACCGCAAAAAAAAGAAGAAGAAGAAGAAGGCCACCGCCAAAAAUAGCAGCACGCCCAAGGAUAAGAAGAAGCAGAAGAAGAAGCAGAAGAAGAAGGUGGCCACGGACGGCCAGGACGACGACAAGCCUGCAGCGGAGAGUUGGCACGUCGCCAACCUCGACGGCGGCGCGGCCAGGCAGAGCAAGUUCCUGCGGCUCCUGGGCGGCAAGAAGCAGGGCGUGAGCAUGCCGACCAGUGGUGGCACCGGGAAGAGCGCGGAGGAGGCGGCGCGCGCGGAGGCGGACAUCCAGCGGCAGUUCGAGGAGGGCAUGCGGAUGAAGAACGAGGGUGGCGGCGGGCGGCGGGGUCUAGGCCUGGGUGGCUGA